GUGAGCCAGAGCCUCUCAUUCAAAUCAUUCAUAAAAAAGUGACUUCAUUCAUAAAAGCUGCUCAGUUGUUCGAUGCUUCAGAGAGAAAAACCCUGGAAGCCCGGUAAACUGACUGAGAAAGUGUUCAGUCUGGAGGUUUGAGACUUUACUCGGCAUGACUGCAGCGGAGCAGACAGGAUUGUAAUCUACACAGGACAGCCCCAGACCCGUGAGGCUCCCUCGUUUCUUCGGCGUUCCAGUGCCCUGAUUAUGCGAGAGCAAACCAUACCCAACUUCAAACCACAGACAGGACUUCUACCAGGUAUGCUGAAACGCACCAAAUACAGCCCACUGCGCAAUGACUCCUUGACAUCUUUAGAGGAUCGCCCUGAAAGAUUGCUGCCCUCAAAGAGGGACCUUUGCCUAGACUCUGAUUUUGCUCAGCUUGAUCCCGGGACUCCAUCUCCCCAUGGAUCAUCCACCCUGAGGAACUUCGUGCCCCGUGUGGCCAGCAUCCGGCUGCAAAGUCCCAACUGCCUGAGGAGAGUCCUGAAGGGACAAGCAAACACAAUCAGAACUGCCAGUAAACGGGACGACAGAGCAGACUGGAGCUCUUCCUUCGGUGGGUCCUUCUCCUCUGGACCAGACCCAAUUCACCUGGCUCUCCUCUCCACGAGGCGUCCCAUCACGCUGCACCGGAUGGCCAGCCUCCCCUGCGCCCCGUGCUCGCAGCAAAGUGACGGGCUCUGCCGCUUGAAGACAGUAGACGACUGUGUAGUGAUGAGGACAUCGAACAAAGCAGUUCACCAUCACGUAAAGUACAUGGGUAGCGUGGAAGUGGUCCAGUCCAUGAGGACACUCGACUUUGAUACAAGAAUGCAAGUCACACGGGAGGCAAUUAGCAGACUGUGUGAGAGGACUUCAGUGAAAUCUUUGCUGAAAACCAAGAGGCCUCCGUGUAAAGGGGUUUCUGCUGUUUUGGGUCAGAUCGACAUGCAGUUUUCUGGGAGCAGAGCCAUCCUGACAGUGUCCACAGACAGUUUGUCUCUGAUCACAGCCUCCAACUUACAGAGGAUUGUCAACCAUCCCAUGCAGGGCAUUUCAUUUGCCUCCGGAGGAGACCCAGAGAUGUCAGACUAUAUUGCAUAUGUUGCGAAGGACUUCUUCAAUAAGAGAGAGUGCCAUAUCAUGGAGUGUCCCCAAGGUCGGGCCAGUGAAAUUAUCAGCACCAUCGGGCAGGCCUUUGAGACGCGCUUCCGGCAGCUUCUCAGCCAGACAUCAACGCUCCUCUCCCCAAGGUCUGUGGUUAGGAUAUGCCCAAAAUGGAGUCCCACAGAGACAUCGGUGGAGCAAAAGACCAAGCAGAAGGAAGAGGUCACCAAGCAGCUGGACUACUAUAACGUCAUCACAGGAAAAAACUUUUUUUCACUGGAUGGCGGCAAAGAAGGCAAGCAGGUGUCAAAGGAGGCAAAGAAACAGGAACCUGAUAUUCAGGAGGUCUGCUUGUCUCGUCCGGUUUCGCUGCAUGAGAACUACUCCGUCAGAGAAGAAACUUCAGCUCCAUCUGCAGACUCUGUGCAGUGUGAUGACAGCGGAGAGCAACACUCUCUCCUCCUCAACACCCCAGGCCAGAGCUUAAUUUACCAGGAAGUCUGGUUCCACGGCAGGCUGGACAGAGAACAGGCGGAGUCUCUCCUCACCUGCAGCGGGGAUUUCCUGGUCAGAGAAAGCAGCUCGGCCUCCGGCCAAUACGUCCUCAGUGGGAUGGAGGGCGCCACUGUGCGACAUAUACUGCUUGUGGAUUCACACGGGCAGCAGGUGUCAUGAAAUUCGGUGAAGGUGGUGAGGCAGAUGCAGCGGACCCAGGUUUAGGAAACGAAAUGAUGAUUUUAAUGUCGAUACCAAAAAAUACAAAGUCCAACAACCCAGGCAGCACAGCGAGAGCAGAAGGCUAAGACUCAAUAACUGGUAGCAACCUGGAAACUAAAUGGACGGCAAGUAAGACAGGACAGCUACGACAAGGACCCAAUAAAGAACAAAAAACACAGGUGCGAACACGGGACCAGGUGUUCCAGAGCGUCGGUCACCUGGUGCGAUUCCACAUGGAGAAGCAGACGCCCAUCUUCUCU